CAGCUGAAGGGGCACACAGAUGGGGUCUGGAGUUUGACGUCAAGCUCGUGGGGAGGAAGAGGCGAUGGCCUGCUGGUGAGUGCGUCGGCUGACAAGAGCGCGAAGGUUUGGUCUGCAGCCAACUACCAGGAGUUGUUCACUUUGAACGGGCAUAAAGGCUCUGUCAACUCGGCCAAGUUUCACAGGACUGAGAGGAUACUCUGCACAGCCUCGGGGGACCGGAGUUGCUGUGGUGUCGACGUCAGGCGCCAGUCCCUCAAGGCCAGCCUGACGCUCUGGGGACACUCGGACGUGGUGAGCAGCGCAGCAUGGAUAGCGCUCUCUGACAGCAUCGCAACGUCAUCAUGGGACAAGACGGUCAAGAUCUUCGACGCGUCCGGCGCCAGCAGCAAGCCGUUGAGGACGCUGAUGGGGCAUGACGGGCCGCUGACGAGCAUCGCCGGAUCGCCCGACAGCCAUCUCCUCCUCUCCUCAUCGCGAGACUGCACGGCUCGACUGUGGGACGCGAGAAGCAGCUCGCACCUGGUACACGUCUUCCAAGGUCACUCCAACACCGUCACCUCCGUCCAGCUGUCGCAUGACGGGAACUUGGCGGUCACAGCGAGCGACGACUGCACAGUGAGGCUGUGGGACCUCAAGGCGCGGCAGACGCCGCUGAUGAUGGUCAAGUGCGGCAGGAACAGCGUCAAGUCCAUCAGCUUCGCCCAGAGGUCA